CAAGCCGUCUCGCAGAAACUCCUGGUCGGCGCGCCAGGCCAGAUUCUGACCUAUGACCUGAGCGGGAAGCAGUUCACCCUGACGAGCAAGUACGCCGAAGCGGGCACCGCCUCGAGCUGGAUGCUGCCCCGCGGCGGGGACAGCGACCAGCUGUACGCAGUCAACGAGAACGCGGACGACCUGCGCCUGUUCGGCUUCGCGGACAAGGUCAUCGCCCCGGGCGCCACGCCCACAAAGUUCACGGGGUCCACGGGCGUCGUCAGCCUGGCCUUCAACGCCGACAAGACCCGCCUGCUCGGCGGGGGUUACUCGAACGGCGAGGUGGACGUGUGGAACAGCGAGGCCGCGGACGGCAGCCUGACGCUCAUCAAGACGCUCAAGCUGACGGGUGCCCUGGGCCCGCAGCAGACGUCUCACCGCGCGCACCAGGUGCUGCUGGACCCGACGGGCCAGUUCUUCGCGGUGCCCGACCUGGGCGGCGACCAGGUCGUGCUGGUCGAUGCCCGGGCGGACAAGUACGAGCUGGUCGGGACGACGGUCCCCACCGGCGCCGGCACGGGACCCCGGCAUGGCCAGUUCAUCGGCGGCGGCGGCGGCGCGGACGGGGCCCCCGCCACGCACUAUGUCGUCGUCACCGAGCUGAGCAACGAGCUCAUCCUGUACAAGCUCACCUACACGUCCGCGGGGAUAUCAUUCGCCGAGGUCGACCGCCAGACCACCAUCCCGGCGGGGACGCCGCAGCCCAUCGACCCGGCCGGAGCCGCGGCGGGCGAGGUGCAGGUCGUCGGGGCCACGGACGUGUACGCGUCGAACCGGCGCACGGGGCUCCCGACGGGCGACAGCAUCGUCUUCUUCAAGCUCGACGCGGCCAGCAACAAGCUGGUGUUCAAGCAGCUCGUCCAGAGCGGGGGCGUCUUCCCUCGGCACUUCAGCUUCGAUGCUCAAGGAGAGGUCAUGUUUGUGGCCAACCAA